AUGGUGAAAGGCCAGCGGUGGAAGGUUCUGGAGAGGGAGGGCGUCAUUGCCAGAGAAGGUCCCGAGGAGUACUGCCGUAUACUGCCAGAGGUCCUGCCUGCGGGAGCCGUCGUGGAAGAGCAGGAGUUGAAGGGCAAUCGGCUGCGCUUCCUUCGACUCUCUGGCCGGGGGCCGUACACCGGUUGGGUAGACGUCAGGGACGGCAGCGUCGACCUGCUCGGGCGGGUCGAGAAGAAGGCAGGAGCGGCAGCAAGCGCUUUUGCAGCGGCCGAAGACGACUUGGAUGGGACAUCGAAGAGGAAGAAGGGCUCCGAGAAGUGGAGACCACCUCCACAGGUCGAAGCUCCGCCCGUGCAGACCGGGAACUCCUAUCCGCGUCCUGGGCGCUUUUGGAAGGUCGUUGGAGCCCCAAAGAGUGGCUUGACGGUGUGGCAGGGAGUGGCCGACUCGUCUCCGAUCCUUCCGGGGACCCUACCUCAAGGGGCGGUGGUGGAGGAGGUGCAGGUAGUCGGAAACCGCCUCAGCUUCACCGACUUCUCCAUGCGGGGCCCCCCAAGCGGCUGGGUGAACAUCCGCGAGAACGGUCGAGACAUGAUCGUCGUAGACAUGGAGGGCUUGUCGACCCUGAACAUCGCAGAGGCUCUCAAGGAGAGUGCAGGGAUGUCCUUCCAGAUGCCACAGCCGGUGCAGGCGGCACGAGAGGAGCCGCCCUUGUCUGGUUGGGCGAAGUUGUCGGAGAUGUACGAGAAACCUUUGGCGAAGCAGCGCAUGGACUUGGCCGCAGCAGCAGCAGAGACAGACACGGCCAAGAGGAGGGCCCGAAGGCGUCCUCGGACCUCUGCAAAAGAGAUCCCACCUUUAGAGGAGUUGGCACACGCCUCGGAAGAGAUGUUGGUGGACAUGCUGGGCUUUCCAGAGGAGGAGGCCAAGCAUUUUGCCAUGAUGAAUGAGGAGAGCAAGAACCGGGUGAUCACGGAGUGCAGGGCCCUGAUCGACAUGUCGCCGUUGGAGCGGCAGAUGGCUUUCGAGAAGUUGCGGAAGGCUUGGCCGCGGGGCCCAUUUCCCAGCUUUGCAAAGCCAUCGGAGAACUUGCCGAGCGUGAACACGAAUCUGCUCCCUGCUGGCACCUGCUUCCCCAUCAAACGUCCACCCAAGACCUCGAGUGCCCCCUCCAACUUGGUGUCUGCCCUGGACGGGAAGCCUGGGACUUUCUUUGCGGCUGAGCCACACCUCAAUGCCCCCGAACAGAAGAAGGCGCUGCAGGCCCUCGCGCAGAAGGUGGCCGUGGUUCCUGCACAAGAGGUUGCCGCAGACCCGUCCGUUGCUGCCGAGAGGAUGGACUUCUGCCGCCUGCCCGCCAGCAAGGUCGAUGCCGAGAAGCUGGCGCAGAACGUGAUGGCCAAGGCAAAGUUGAGUGGGGCUGACGUGGCUCUCUACCUCGCUGAGGAGAUGCGAAAGCGGCCGCUGGUGAUGGAUGCCGGCCCUGGGCCCAAGCUCAAGGCUGCUUCGCUCUCCGAGGCGGACUACCGUGGUGAGCGGGCCAAGGUGCUCCGUGACUCGGCAUCUCAGCUGGGAAACGUGGAUCUGCUGUCACUCUCCAAACCGAAUUUGGUGCUGGACACCCACAAAGACUAUUUGAAAGCUGGUGCAGACAUCUGCUGUACAAACACCUUGAAUGCAAACGCACUGGCUCAACGAGACUUCAAGACCGCAAAGUUCGUUGCGGAAAUGAACAAGACAGCCGCCAUGCUGGCCAAGCGUGCAGCAGCUGACAUCACCAAGCAGGAUCCCCGCAAGCCUCGCUUGGUGGCUGGCUUGAUCGGCCCCAACAGCAACCUCUUGCUCGGCGGGAAAAAUCGCACGCGCAGCGUCAGCUUCGACGACCUCGUCGAGGCCUACAGUGAGCAGAUCAAAGGACUGGCGGAGGGCGGUGUGGACCUCCUGGCUCUCGACGCUGUGUCGGAUGCAGUGAGCGCCAAGGCGGCUAUCUACGCCGCCAGCGAGGUGUACCGGCAGCUGAAGCAGCGCGUGCCGCCGAUGCUGAUCCAUGCCGUUGUGGAUCCCAGCACUGGACGCACCCCGGGUGGGCAGGGCUUGGAUGCCUUCUACGUGAGCGUGAAGCAUGCGAAGCCCCUGAUCGUUGGCCUUGUGGCAAGCUCGGGGAGCGAUUUGGUGAUCGGUGCCUACGGGGCACUUUGCAAGGUGAGCCAGAGCUUCACGGGGCUGCGACUCGGCGAGGAGGGCCAGGCUCCUACGAGUUUGUCCUCCGAUGCGAGCAAGACGAUGAAGGCUGGAGUGCCGAACCUGCUGGGCGUCUCCGCAGGGGGGCUCCCCACGCACGUCAGUGCACUGGCACAGCUCCAGGUCUCAGUCCCACGCAGUCUGCCGGAAGCCAGCAAGACCAUGAUGCUCUCGGGCCACGAGGUUCACACAUUUUCUGGCUUCAGCCUGGUGGGCCAGCGUGGGAGUACAAGGGCUUCGGAUGGCUUCAAGGCUUUGGUGGAUGAGUACAAGGCCAAGAAGGAUCCGGCAAGCUUGAGGAAGGCCCUGGAGGUCUGUGCAGAGGACGCGGAGAAGGGCGCAGACAUCCUGGACAUCUGCGUGGAUGGCAUCGCAAACGAUGGAAGCAACCGUGGGAGCAAGGCAGUCUUUAGGAAGUUUGUGGAAAUGUGCGAUGCGGACGAGCGCAUCUCCAAAGCCCCCUUGAUGCUCUGCUCCUCCGAGUGGAAGUGCCUCCGGGAGGGCCUCACAAGCGUGCAGGGCCGCAGCAUCGUAAACGCUAUCUGCUUGAUGGUCGGCGAAGAGGAGUUUCUGAAAAUCGCCAAGGAGUGCCUGAAGCACGGCGCAGCCGUGGUCGUGAUGGCCAUCAGCGAAGAGGGUCGCUGCGUCACCUCAAAGGACAAGGUGGCUGCCCUUCAGAAGAGCUACCGCCUUCUGCGGCAGAAGUUAGACUUCCCUCCGGAGGACAUCAUCUUGGAUUGCCACCUCCAGAGCUUGCGACCCGACGAGCAUCCGGCGGAUGUGAUCUCGGCCAUCGCAGAGGUCAGGCUUACCUGCCCGCAUGCCAGUGUGGCAGCGGGUGUUAGCAACCUCAGCGCGGCCUUCGGGCGGCUCACAAAGCUCAGAGAGGCCUUGCACACCAUCUUCCUUCAGCAUGCCAUUCCGAAAGGUCUCAACGUGGCCCUCGCCGACGCCGGCAACCUGCCCCUGUACAGCGACCUGGACAAGGAGACGCGGCAGCGCUGCGAAGAUGUGAUCCUGAACAGUGGCAAGGACGCUGCCGUCCUCAAGAGCUUCAUGGGCUUCCUGAGCUUCCGAAGUGGCGCCACCGUGUGCCUCCCGCUCCAGGCCACGGUCCCGAAGGACACCUCCGGCCAAGAGGCCUGGUGGGACUUGCCGGAGUGCAAGGCCGCCGCCAAGGAGGCCCAGAAGGAGUACCUGGAGAAGCGCGGCCCGCUCGCGACGCCUGCCUUGCAGAAGGCAUACUUCCAGUCCCUGAAGAUGGCCCACGUGGCCGCUUCGAGCAAGGUGUCUCCGGAAGCGGGCUGCGCCCGUCCGGACCCCUGCCGUGUGGCUGGCAGUGGCGGCACCGGCGCCCUCCAGCAGCAGGUUUCCACGGCCCUGGCAGCCGGCACCGCCGUGGGCAGUAACCUCCUUGCGCAGCUGAACUCCAUGCUGGCACAGAAGGUCCUCUUGCUGGACGGGCCAGAGGGACCCGGCCAACAACUCUCCGAGAUCAAAGACGAGGCUUCUUUCCGUGCCUCUCGCUUCCCGGCCUCUGCCAAAGGCAACUUGAACCUGCUCUCUAUUACAAAGCCAGACGCCGUGCUCGGUGCUCACCGGGCUCUGCUGAAAGCCGGCGCAGACAUCAUCAGGACGAACACGUUCUACGGCGACGCCUUGUGCCAGAAGUUUUACGGCACCGAGGCCGCUUGCUAUGAGCUGAAUCGGGCCGCUGCCGGUCUGGCCAAGCAGGCGGUAGCAGAGGCUGUCAGUCAAAGCCCUCAGCAGCUCAAGUUCGUGGCGGGUGUGCUCGGGCCGUCCGUCGGAGGCAUCUCAGGCAUCCGUGCGGCUGCCACCUGGGACCAAUUGGUGCAGUCCUACCGCCCGCAGGUGCAAGGGCUUGUGGAGGGGGGUGUGCACCUCCUCAUGCUGGACAUGGUCUCCGACACGCUGAAUGCCAAGGCCGCUGUCUAUGUCAUAGAGGAGUACUUCUCCAUGAACCCUAAAGACCGCUUGCCAGUGGUCAUCAAUGUCACCAUGAAGGAGGGGAGGACGGCCUCCGGGCAGAGCCUCUCGGCUUGCCUUGCCAGCUUGGCACAUGCGCAGCCCUUCGCCUUCGGCGUGACCGAUGAGAAGGUGGUGCAGGAGGCGGCCAGGGACUCUUCGUGUUGGGUGCAUCUGAUAGGUGACAACGCCUCUGCGGGCAGCGUGAACCUAGUGUCGCCGUCGGGAUCACGUCCUCAGGACGUACAGCUUCUGGCAAGCAAGCUGGGCCAGGCGGCGCCCCGGAAGCUGCCGGCAUCGCAGGCGCCGGCCCUGAAGCUCAGUGGCCUGGAGGCCAUGACGGCCAGGCCUGACGAUGGCCUGAAGCUGGCGGGUCAGCGUUGCCAUGUGCAGGGCUCUCACCGCUUCAAGGGCCUCAUGCAAGCCUACAAGUACAGCAAGGAAGACGAUGUCUGGGAGGCAGCGGUCGACGUGGCUGUGCAGCAGGUAGAAGACGAGGCCGACCUUUUGGACGUGAACCUGGAUCUGCCGGACUUCGACAGCAAAGCUGCCAUGGGCAAGUUUGUGCGGAGGUGCGCGGUGCACCCACAGGUCUCCAAAAUGCCUAUGAUCAUCAGCUCGAUGAGCUGGGAAGUGAUCGCAGAGGGACUGAAGAGCACGCAGGGGAAGUGCAUUGUCAACGGCAUCUCCAUGGCCAGCAGCGAGGAAGAGUUCGUGCGGGUGGCAGCAGAGUGCAGGCGCUUUGGAGCUGCGAUUGUCGUGCUCGCGAUGUCAAGGGCAGAUGGCGAGUUCCCGAACUAUCAGGAGAAAGUCACCUCCUGCCAGCGCGCCUACCAGCUGCUACGAUCUAAGCUCGACUUCCCGCCGGAGGACAUCAUCUUUGACUGCCUCGUCACGCCAUUGGGUUCCCACGGCAUCAAAGCUUCCCCGAAGGACUUCAUCGAUGCUGUGGCAGAGGUGAGGCGGACCUGUCCGGGUGUGAGCUUCAUCGCUGGUGUUAGCAACCUUGGCGUUGCCUGCCGCAGUGCCGCAAUGCUGCGCGAAGCCCUGGCCAGCACGUUCCUGCAGCAAGCGGUGCCUGUGGGCCUGAACUUGGCGCUGGUGGAGCUCGGCCGCCUGCCGCGCGUCGACAGCCUGGAGGAGCCGACCCGGAGCAUGUGCAUAGACGUGGUCACGAACCAUGCGGUAGACGGCCAGCAUAUCUCCAGGUUCCUCAACUAUGGGGCCUUUCUGUCCGGUGCGUCGGCUGCGGAGGAAGCUCAGAAAGCGAAGGCGAAGGUGGUGAACACCUUGCAGCCAAAGGAGAAGUCGGCUUUGGUGCCGGUGAAGCAGCGUGCUCCACAGCCUGCCAGACCCAGCCCACAGUUUACCCAUCCUGUGGAGAUUCUCGUUCAGGCAACGGGCACCGUCAGCGCGUCGGUCUUCCAGACCUUCGGGAGCAAGGCGCAUGCGGCAGCCAACUUCCACAGGCUCAGCACGGCCACGACCAUCAACAAAACCGUGCAUUUCUCCUCAAUCUCCGUGUACAUGGGCCAAGGAGGAUCAGGACCCGGAACAGGCGCCAGUGGUUUGAUGGACGGUAUAGCUUUGUGGGAGAGGCAUCAAGGCAUGAAUCAGUACUCAACCACCGUGCUCUGGGGUGCCAUCGGAGAAAUCGGUCUGCGAAAGGCCAUCUACGGCUCUCGUGACGUCUUCGCACAGUUCGACCUGGGACAGAAGCUCAUCGGACCGGCCGACACUUCCUUCCUGGAGAAGCAGGUCUGCUGCAAUCCCUUGACUUGGGACUUCGUUGGCCUGGCCUACCUGGACAACACCUGGCAGGACUCGCUGUCAGGCCGGGGCGGCGGUGGCUUGUCGAGCCGCAAGACCUUCCUGGACAAUUGA